UUUUUCCAGAUUCAUCAUGAUUGAAACAGAUGAAAAAUAUGCAAUUUCUGAAUUGGUUUAUAAACAAUAAAUUUUAUCUAAAAAUAUACUGAAACAAUUUUUGUGUGUAUUCUAUGUUUUUCCUAACCGCGAGUUUCCUAUCCCCCAACGCGAAAGGAGCAAAAAGUGAAAAUUUUCGUUUAGCUUGUUGCUGAAAAUUUUAUUGGGCGUCAUUUUUCGAGAAUUUGCUGAUCAAAAACAUAAAUUGCCUAUCAAUUUCUACAUAAAAGAUUCCGCUGCUUUUGACUUCACCGGAUUUAUAUAUUGUGAUCGUUGACCUGCUGCUAAAAUGCGCAAACGAGGAGGCUAUCGGCGGAGCCGAAGUCGUAGUCCGCGCCGUGGCGGGAUGGGCAAACGAUUCGAGGCGAAAAAUGGACAGUUGCUGAAGCCCGUUAACUGGAACCACCACAAGCUGGACCCGGUAACCUGGGUGCCCUAUCGACAGAAGAGCGAUUAUAGACGUCCGGAACGUGAGGUGACCGAAUGGAGGAAGACUAAUGAAAUUUCAAUCAAGGGUCGCGAUGCUCCAGAUCCGAUUUUUUCAUUCGAAGAGGCAAAUUUCCCAGCCGAAAUAAUCGACGAGCUUCGUUAUUCUAAUUUUACUUCUCCGACACCGAUUCAAUCCCAGGGAUGGCCGAUUGCUUUGUCCGGGCGAGAUAUGGUUGGAAUUGCUAAAACGGGUUCUGGCAAAACGUUAUCCUAUUUGUUGCCCGCUCUGCUUCACAUCGAGCAUCAGUCUCGGAUUCGUCGUGGUGACGGACCGAUUGCUCUGAUAUUGGCUCCAACUCGUGAACUUGCUCAGCAAAUCAAGCAGGUUACAGAUGAUUUUGGCCGGGCAAUGAAAAUCAAGAACACCUGUUUAUUUGGAGGUGGCCAGAAGCGAGCCCAAGGUUCCGAUUUGGAACACGGUGUUGAGAUUGUCAUUGCAACACCGGGAAGAUUGAUCGAUUUCCUCUCUACCGAUCACACCAAUUUGCGGCGAUGUUCUUACCUGGUACUGGAUGAAGCUGAUCGGAUGUUGGACAUGGGAUUUGAGCCACAGAUUCGUACCAUUAUCGAGCAAAUAAGACCGGACCAUCAAACGCUGAUGUGGUCCGCUACUUGGCCAGAUGCCGUUGCACGUUUGGUUAAAGACUAUCUGAAAGAUUACAUUCAAAUCAACGUUGGUUCACUCAAACUGGCUGCCAAUCAUAACAUUCUACAGAUCAUUGACGUCUGCCAGGAGUACGAAAAGGAAACCAAACUGAGCAUUUUACUUCGUGAGAUUAUGGCCGAAAAGGAAUGUAAAACAAUUAUCUUUAUUGAGACGAAGAAGCGAGUCGAUGACAUCACUCGCAAAGUGACUCGUGACGGUUGGCCAGCCAUGUGCAUUCAUGGUGACAAAACUCAAAAAGAUCGUGACUACACUCUUCAUGCUUUUAGAACAGGAAAAUCCCCUAUUUUGAUUGCCACUGACGUUGCUGCUAGAGGAUUAGAUGUGGACGAUGUAAAAUUUGUCAUCAAUUUUGAUUACCCUACAACUUCUGAGGAUUACAUUCAUCGAAUCGGUCGUACUGGUCGUUCGAACAACACCGGAACAGCUUAUACAUUCUUCACACCUAACAACGCUGCCCGAGCUAAAGAGUUGAUCGACGUUCUCAAAGAGGCUAAGCAAGUUGUCAACCCUAAACUGCUCGACAUGAUUAACAGUCGAAUGAAAGGACGCGAUACUCGAAAUCACAUGAACUCGCGUUACCCGCGAGAACGCCGAUCUCGAUCAAACGAUCGCCGAGGCGUUUACAGACGCCGUUCAUAUAGCCGGUCUCGAUCGCGUUCACGCUCCCGAUCACGUUCGGUGUCGCCCAGAUUUUCCAAAAGAGAUGUCUACCGUCCAGUAAAACGCAGUGACUCUCGCGAUCGAAAGCGUAGUCUCUCCCCGCGUGAUCGCAAACGCAGCGUCUCCCCACGUGAUCGUAAACGCAGCAUCUCUCCACGUGAUCGUAAGCGCAGCGUUUCUCGCGAUCGCAGCCGUAGCGAUAGUCGCAGCACACGCAGCGAUAACCGGAAGAAAAGUUCCCGCAAAAUCAGCCGUUCGGUAAGUCGUUCACCGCAGCGUGGCACCGACGGCGGCGGGGAUAAAAAGCGUAACGGAAGGAGUCGGUCCAGGAGCCCUCGAAAACAACGCAGUCGCAGCCGGAGCCGGAGUCGCAGUCGAAGUCGCGAGGGAAGAUUCCGUUCGGGAAAGAAUGGAAACAGCUACGACCGACACUAAUCAAAUUUUAACGAUAUUUAUCCACCAGUGGUUAAUUACCCGCGCAUUAAUACAAUCCCCCCACUAGAUACGUCAUCAAAUGAAUGUACUUCCCUAUAGCCAUACAGGGAGAAUAUGCAAACUUUAUUCAGAUCCAGGUAUUGCAUCGCAAGAUAUAACUGUGUAAGGUUUUUUUUAAUGGUUAACUACGCCUCUCCUUAGAACGAACAACUUUAGUUGUUUAAUUUAUUUUACAGUUUACACACUAGAUUUAAAAGCUUCUUCUAUACCCAAUCAUCAGUAGAAUAGCUGUUUUUCAAAAUCUUAACUUGAAUCACGUGUAGCUUAACUUGGAACGUUUUGCGUUCACUCUGUCAUGUUUACACCUCAUGUACUCCUGAAUAAAGUGUAUAUCCCCAAA